AUGUCCGACGAUUCCGACAAGAAAAUACCUGUGUACGACCUCCCGACCCCAGAGUCUGAAUCGCCCUCACUGCCGCGUUCUCGCCAGCCGUAUCGUUUUUCUACUCUCAUAGCUACAGUAGAGACCCCAAAUGCAGGCCAUCAGGAUCAGCAUGGCAGCUCCAGCGUCCCAAUCUACCAGACAGCCACUUUUAAGGGUGUGGGUGGCCAGUACGAUUACUCCAGGAGCGGAAACCCCACACGAACUCAUUUGGAACAUCACAUUGCGAAGAUAUCAUCCGCUGAACAUGCCUUUGUCGUAUCAUCUGGCAUGGCAGCGCUCGAUAUAAUUACUCGCAUCCUCAAGCCCGGCUGCGAGGUCAUCGCCGGAGACGAUCUCUACGGAGGCACGAACCGCUUGCUCACUUUCCUCCGCACAAAUAUGGGCGUGACUGUGCACCACGUCGACACCACUCAGGCAACCACGGUUGUUCCGUACCUGAGUCCUGGAAAGACAUCCAUGGUUCUUCUCGAGACUCCGACGAACCCGCUGCUCAAGGUUGUUGAUAUUGCGCGCAUCAGCGCGUUGGUGAAGGAGAGAUGCCCAGACGCGAUCAUCGUUGUAGACAACACGAUGAUGAGCCCGUACCUGCAGCGCCCUCUCGAACACGGUGCAGAUAUUGUAUAUGACAGUGCGACGAAGUAUCUCAGUGGGCACCAUGACUUAAUGGCCGGGGUCAUUACGUGUAACCGCGACGAUUUAGCCAAGGUGAGUCAGGAUCUAUUACACAAAAAGAAUUAA